AUGUCGGAUAACAACCAAGCAGAAACACAGGCGCUGGAAGAGCGAUUCAAAUCUGCCCUCUGGCUGGCUAUUGGCAAGAUUGUUGAUGAAGAAACCAUGCAAUUAGGCGUCAAUGCCACUCCCCAGUUUAUCGGAGCUUUGACGGAGAUGGUAUGGGCACAGAUCGAAUCAGUCAGCCAGGACCUUGAAGCGUUUGCCAAACACGCCGGCCGAUCUACAAUCAAUACCAAUGAUGUGAUGCUGCUAGCGCGACGCAAUGAAGGCCUAGAAUCUAUUCUACGAGCGUUUGUCGAUCAACAGAAAGAAGCGGCUCAGCAGGAAGCACAGAGCGAGGACAGUGAUUGA